CUACCAGACGAGACAAUGGCUCGGAUUCUUGCAGCAAACCCUAAUCCUAUCGAUGUAGAGAUGCUUAUUCCCACCAAGAUAGAGGCAGACAGUUACUUGCACAGUUCGAAGAAGAUGGCUGUAUUUUGGUCUUCUGUCACCUUGCUGGGAGUGUUUUGUAUUUUUGGAAUUCAAGCCUUCAAACCAUCCUGCCCCCUGAUAUGCACCCAACAAUAUAAACCAGUUUGUGGUUCUGAUGGAAAAACCUAUGGAAACCUGUGUAUGUUAAGAAGUGCUGCAUGUAAAGACGCAAGUUUGAAAUUGAAACAUCAUGGAGCUUGCAAAGAUCCAAACAAGCCCUGUUUUGGUCUUGCUUCUCCUUUAAAGAAUUCUAAAGGAAAGACACUGUGCUGUGGCAGGUGUUCACAAAGAGAUGUUUGUCCAAAAGACUCAUUCUGUCAUAUUCAUCCAACUGAUCGUUUUUCAGUAUGCUGCCCAAAUCGUGUCAAAGGAUGCAGGAAGCCAUGCCCAAGGAUCUUGAAACCUGUUUGUGGAAGUGAUGGCAAAACGUACAGCAACAAAUGCUAUUUAGAUAAUGCAAGGUGCAAGAACAGCCGCUUAAGACUGGUGAAAAUAGGACGCUGUCCAAGAUGUGAAAAGCCAUGUACAAAAAUCUUGCAACCUGUUUGUGGAAGUGAUGGCAAAACAUACAACAACAAAUGCCUUUUAGAUAAUGCAAGGUGCAAGAACCGUCGCCUUAGACUGGUGAAAAUGGGGCGCUGUCCAAGAUGUGAAAAGCCAUGUACAAAAAUCUUGCGACCUGUUUGUGGAAGUGAUGGCAAAACAUACAACAACAAAUGCCUUUUAGAUAAUGCAAGGUGCAAGAACCGUCGCCUUAGACUGGUGAAAAUGGGACGCUGUCCAAGAUGUGAAAAGCCAUGUCCAAAAAUCUUGAAGCUUGUUUGUGGAAGUGAUGGCAAAACAUACAACAACAAAUGCCUUUUAGAUAAUGCAAGGUGCAAGAACCGCCGCUUAAGACUGGUGAAAAUAGGACGCUGUCCAAGAGUCAAACCAGGGAGAUGCCCUCGAGUUCCAAAAUGCAUAGGCCGUCAAUGCAGUGGAAAGAAGAGGGACAGCUGUCAAAAAGAUUACGACUGUAGCCAUCAUCACAAAUGCUGCCCGCGCCCGUACGGGAAGCAUUGUACAAGGCCUUGCCCCUUAUACAAAUGUCGUGCUUGCCCCGCGGGAUACAAAUAUGCCGUAGGAAAAGAUGGUUGCAGAACAUGCAGAUGUGUUUGUAUACGACCUGUUCGCUGCUUCGUGAAUCCGUGUCGAUCUGCACGAUGCCCUGCGGAGCCCAAAGCAAGAUGUCGUCCUAACUACUGCGGUGGCUGCAAAGCCGAGUUCUUCAUUGGCUCGAGGAAAGUUAAGUGCUAAUGUCGAAGAGAAAAACAAACAUUUCUUGUUGGUUUCACUAAUUUUUAUUGUUUUUUCUCAACAUGGAUUAAUUUUUUGAACUUGUAUGGUAUUUUUAUUGGUAUUUUUUUAUGAUAAACGUGCAUUAAGACAAA